CAUCCCUAGCCGUGACGCGUCCCAAGCUUUCAAAUAUCUUACACCUAUAGUAUUUAACCAGCGCGGUAAUUAUAUGCAGGUGUUGACUGGGCUUCCAAAAGUGUAAGGAUCGUUGUGUGUGAAUAGAAUUGAGGCAAAGACAUGGUGUCAUGUAACUCUUCAAGGUUGAUGGUAACUUAAUUGUCUGCAUGAUUGCUCACCGAGAUGCUACAAUGGAAACUCACCAGGCUGAAGCGAAUCAGAACUACAUAACAGUGAUUCCUGUGGAGUAUCCCAGAAGCCGAGUGUACCCUCAGCCUCCAGAAUAUAUCGUGGAUCAGUACAGUGAGUAUGUUAGGGAGCGCACGCGAGAGGAGUACGCACGUGGGGAUUACGGCAUCGGAUCGGAACCCCAGCUGGAGGAGGUGGGCCCUUUGUACACGGUCACCCAGCGGUUCGAGCGGGACAAGAGCUACGGUCCGGGCGGGCGCGAUGCUGACCGAGAGCGUGAGUGGGAGCGGCCGCUGCACUCUCUCGUAUCGGGCUCUUCGGAGAGCUCUCACCAGACCGCCAAGGACGGAGCUGCAGAGUUCCAAGUGGACGAGCAGAGGCCAACCCAGCGGUCCCCAGCACAGCCAUUGAAGGUGUGUGUGUACAUGAUGUCAUGUGUGGUGCUGAACAUGGAUCUAGAAGAUGGUGCAAACUGUACUGUACAAGACAUUGUGAUGGCAAUACUACAGGAAGAUGACCUUGGACUAUCCAGAGUAGCUACUAACAUAUUUACCCUCUGGAUGUGUUCUGGUCUACUUGAAUUGCAGUUAAAGCCUCAUCACAGGCCCUUUGAGAUCCGAUGCAAGUGGCCUAAGUUAGUUUCUCAGUAUGGAACUGGUUCACUUUCGAGGAUGGCACGGGAUGAGCCAGUACUCUCGUUUCAGAGAAAUAUUUUCUUUUCAAGGAGAGAUGAAGAGAAAAUAAAAGACCAGAAGUUGUUGGAGCUGCUUUACGAUGAGGCUCGCUACAACGUGCUGGCAGGGCGCUACCCCUGCGAAGUGGCUCAUUACAUAAUGUUGGGUGGUAUUCAGGCACGCAUUGAGAUGGGGCCCUACAACCCACAGGUUCACACCACACAUUUCUUCAGGGAGCAGCGAGGCAAGUUCCUCCCGGCCCACGUCAGCUGGAGCCAGUGGUCGUGGCUGCACAUCAGUGGCAAGAACUCUCCCGAGGUGCGGCUGCUCGAGCAGUUCAAGCGCAUCCCCACCAGCAUGCCCGUGCGCAAGCUCGUACGCAAGUACCUCGAGUUCUGCUGGUCCCUGCCUUUCUACGGUGCUGCUUUCUUCCAAGGGCAGAUAGAGCAGCCAGUGCGAGGUCUCACAUCUCUCAUAACACAUCAGGACGUGCCGGUCCUGGUGGCGAUCAACUCCCAAGGAGUGUACAUCAUUGAUGACACUCAGUGUACACUUCUUCUAGGCCUCAAAUAUGAAGAAAUGUCUUGGGACUUUGCAAAACCAUCACAAGAAGAUAACCUUGAAUCCCUGCCUUGUAUUUUCUUGCAAUUUAUGGUCUUGGAAAAUGGCACUCGUGUAUCCAAAAUCUUGCAAGUGUUCUCCAAACAGGCUGUCAUGAUGGAUACUCUGAUAUCUGUAUUUGUCGAGGAAGUGAAGAAAAAAACUGUUGUUUAUCCCGAUGAAACUGACCGACCUGUGUACGACACAUCUACAGAUAGUGAUGAUACUCAUGUUCCACUGACAACAGUUAGCAGACGAGAGCUGCCUCAGUCGUGCCUCAGCAACAAGCUGAGCAAGCUGACCCUGGCAACAUUUGAUGAGGAUGUCCAUUUACUAGAGAAACUAUGACCCUAUUGCAUGCAGAACCUCUCUAUGCAAAAGUUUUUGCACCUUGUGUUGCCAUGACGCACAGCUGUGGUUGAAACUGUAUUUUCCGAGAUUGAAUGAGUCAGACCUACAUUGAGCAUGCCGAGGGCUUUAGCGGUUGGCAUGACUCAUACAGACAAGGACAAAAUGGUCACUGCAAGUACGUGGACACUCCCCCCUCAUCGGUACCAAAAGCAGGCAAGAACAGCCUGAGGGGAACCCCAGCAGGUCGUUGUAUUGGCCAGAUGGGUUCAUGGGCGUUUAGCUACUGACUCCAGUCAACAGAGUUUAGCAUCUAAGCUGUUUAUUAGAUGCCAUAUUUGUGGAACAUCUUAGUUGGGAAGCAGUAGUUAAAAAAUAUCCAAUUUUUUUUUUUUGCAUUUGCAAAUAUGUUGCAUUGUGAAUGCGACGGCUCAAGUAUUUGUUGUUCUGCAGUUUUGAUUUCCAGCUUGUUCUUGGGAAUCUUAACCUUCUUCACUACCCAGGGUAGAAGUCUGUGGUACUUGCAGAAAUAUGCUGUUUGUGGAAAAGGUUAGUGAGGAAAGCAUGAAAUGCCUCCACAUCAGGUUUUAAGACUCCAAGCAACACACCUGCUCAAUGGAAGUGCACUAGGUUGAUAGUGAAGGUAAAGAGAAAAUCUGCACACUGCUGUGGAGGAAGUCAUGAAGGGUACCUGGUGAGGGUCCUCCGUUGCCGGCAGUUCAGAAACAAAGCCCGUGUCUUUCCGGUAGAAGUUUAUGAAGAUGAAUCCUGCAAGCACGGCCAUGCAUGUGAAGCCGUAGCCACGGAAUGUUGCAGUGGUACCUAAAAAAAUAUUUUGAAACAUUUGUAAGUUGUGAGCUGCUCUCAUUCUUCACAACGAUACAGAAUAUUUUCUUUGAAUUGUUCUUGGAAAGGUGGAAGAUUUAAGUGAAAUUUUUUGGGACACACGGCAUUGCUGGGUAUACUGUAUGUCUUAAGUAACCUCAAUAAUGGACAAAAAAUAUGAAUAUGCAAACACACAGAACACAAGCAAAAAUCAGCUGAUGUAAAAAAAUUCAAAACAUAGCACAGAAAAUUCAGUGGAAGGAAUUAGUCAUAAAAUUACUGAAAUCUAGACAGACAGUGGGCUAACGGCAAGACAGUAGCAACAGAAACAGUAAAUAAAGACAAAAAACAGCCUUGGAUAAAACAGCAACAAACAGAUGAACCCAAUGUUGAUACUAAACAGAUGAUUUGGACAAUACAAUAAUAACAUAGAGAUGCAUAGGCAAACCCAGCGAUGUGAUCAAUCAGAUAUUCUGAACACCACAACGACAACAGCACAGGCAGACACAGGAGGCUUCCGGUGUUUCGGUUGCCGUGUUGUCCAAAUCAGUUGUUUAUCAUCAUAGGGUUCAUCUGUUUGUCAGUAUGUUGUCCAAGACAGUUUUUGAAUUUAUUUACUGUUCUUUUAGUUACUAUCUUGUUGUUAGCCCACUGUGUAUGCCUGUGUUGUAAUAAUGUUUUGAUAAAUUCCUUCCUUUGAAAUGUUCUGUGCUGUCUUUAUAUUUGUAAUUUUUUUAUGUUGGCUGAAUUUUGCUUGUUUUUUGUGUGUUUGCAUAUUUAUCUUUUUUGUCAAUUUUUGAGGUUUCUUAUCUCUGGCUCUAAUCAUGACUCCUCUCCAGGCAAACUUGUCUCGUACUGAAGCUACUGGUUCAUGGUUCUAUAGCAGCUUAAGCAGAAACUAGCCACAUGGCCUGGUGCACUGUGUUCCUGCUGGCCCAAGAGGAAAAAUAGACAUGAGAUAGCCUAUGGUUAUUGGAGCCUGGCCGAAUACGGUGCAACUCUACAUUGGCCAAAAUAUAGUAUGUAGGGCUGAUCGGUUCCCACAUUUUCAGUUCGGUUCGGCUCGGCUCGGUUUUUUGUUAAAAAUGUCGGUUUUCGGUUCGGUUCGGUCACUACUUCAAAAUUUUUCUUUGAGCUGUCAUACCAAAAAAAAUUCCACUAUAGUAUUUGAUUACUUGCAAUAUCUUGCAAAAGUUUAAUUUCUUAGGGGAGUCACUUUCUCAGCAAUAUAAAAGUUAUUUUCAACUACUAUUUGUAUUUAUAAAUAAGUUUAUAUGCUACUGAAACAACCAUAUGUGUAAAAAGGAACAGAACAAAACAGUUUAGAACAUUAAUAAUUAGUAUUACAUUAACCUUGUUGCCAGCUUCACUUUCAUUUGAGUUUAACACCUAAAUCUAUUUAAGACAUAAGUAUAAAAUCAGUGAAACUUACAAGUAUCACAUGUAAAAAAAUAAUUUAUAACAUUCAUAAAGAGAAAACCUUGGAAUCACCUUCACUAUCAUUUCAGUCAGACCCCUAAAUAAAUUUAACAGAGAAGUAUAAAAACAAUGUAUCUUCCAAAUGUUACUUAAUUGUGUGUAAAAGUAACAAUAAAAAAUCACAGCAUUUAUGAACAUAACCCUGAAUACAAAUUCAGUUUUAUAGCAGGCACAUUCACUUUCAUAUCAGUCAAAUCCAGAGAAUCACUCAAGUAUUGUAUCAUAGAGUAUUGUCACUUUUUGUUGAGAUGAGAUAGGUACUGUUUGUUUUGUUCAAUGAAAACAAGUUUCUCAAUGGUGUCAGGAUUAAGACACUCCCUACGCAUUGUAACAAUAUUACCUGCUGCUGAAAACAUUCGUUCACUAGAAACCUGGCUCGCAGGGAUGCUAAGAUACCGCAUUGCAAGAGUUGAGAGUGCUGGGUAUUUCUUUUUGUUGGUUGCCCACCAUGCGCAGGGAUUACCUUUCUUAAUAAUAGGCUCUCUUAAAUAGUUUGUAACUUCAUCAUGUUCAUGGUUUUCUUUACAAGCUACCUUAGCAGCACGUCGUAAACUAUCCCAGACAGAAUUUCCUUCCUGCUCAUCCGAAGAAAUGUCUACAGAGUACUCCAAAUCAUUGUUUUGGAGAGCACUGGUCUCAUCCUGCAAGCCUCUUGUAACUUCACUGGUCUCUUCGUUUGUAAAUAAAACACUUUUAAAUCUGGGGUCAAGAACUGUGGCGUAUAGGUACGUUUCCUGUUUCCUAACAUCUGAAAAACGUGAAUCUAGUUCUUUUAGCAGAUUAGCAGCAAAGACUUUGCCUUUGGAAUUUUCCUGACCCAUAAAUAUAUUCAGUUUAUCCUUCACACCAUCUAGCAGGGGGAUAACACAUGAUGAUGUUGGGUACUGUUCUUUGCUUAUUUCCCGAGUUGCUUCUUUAAAUGGUGCCAGCACUUCAACAUAACCUUCCAGAAGAGCCCAAUCAGAAUCUUGCAGUUUCCUUAAGUUGGUUUCUGCAGAAGCCAGUUCAGCAGUUAUAGAACUUCUCAGCUUACAAAGGCGCUCAAGCAUAGCAUAUUCAGAGUUCCAACGAGUAGGAACAUCUUGAACAACUUCAAGUACGGGUUCGUUGAAAGCUUUUUGAAUUGUUUGGAGUCUGCUUCUUGCUUGGCUGCUUUGGGAAUAAUGUCCAACAAUACGACGUGCUUUCUUGAGAAUUUCUUCCAUACCUGUGGUGUAUUUUCUGGCACUUGAAAUUACUAAUUGCAGUGUAUGGGAAAAACAAGAAAUACCUAUCCAUGCAGUACGAGAAACAGCGUUUACAACAUUUGGCCCAUUGUCAGUAACUAUGUAAACAGGAAUUUCUUUGUCCUCAAGAUCCAUGUGCCAUGUGUUCACAAUUUCUUUUAGCUUUUCGCAUAUUGCUUUUCCAUCUUUUGGUCCAUGGAAACACGACAUUCCUAAGCACAAGCGUUGAAUCUCAAAAUCAUCCCCCAUGAAGUGACAUGUUAGCGAAAUAAAACUGUCCAUGGACCGACUAGUCCAUAUGUCUGUAGUAAAAGACAAUUAUUUUAUCUUGCCAAGGUUACUCUGUAGAACAUUAUUGACAUCUUUCUUCAAUGUGUCAUAUAUGUUGGGUAUCACACGCCGGUAGAAUGUGUGGCGUGAUGGAACAUUGUAGCUGGGCAGAGCUUCUGCCAUUAUUUCUCUAAAUCCUUCUUCUUCAACAAUUGUGAAGGGGUGCAUGUUAACAGCUAUCCAUGUUCCAAUUUUGGUGGUAAGAGCUUCACUCUUUGUGCUAUCUGCAGGCCAUUUUUUUUUGUUUUUUGGAAAUCACUUCUGCUAGAGUUUUUUGAGUGGCACUACUUUCUUCACAUUUGUGUUUUUGUGCUUCUUUUACUUCCUGACUUUUUGUGAAUUCAAAAUGUUUGUCAGGGUGCUUUUCAAGGUGUUUAAUUAAAAUACUAGUUGAACCAUACUUGGUUUUAUAGGUGUUGCCACACACUAAACAUUUUGCACUGCUUAUUUUAUUACCUGAAUCCAGCACCUUUUCGUAAUACAUCCACACAUUUGAGCCACUGACUUUUCUCUGCAGCUCAUUUCUAGGCUUCGAUUCAUUGUCGUCCGGUUUUGUAGGUGGAGAAACCUUGCUGAUCUUAUUUUGCUGUUUAAAAAGUGGAAAGAUUGCCACUUUAUUUCCCCAAGUGGAACAGCCGGGCGUAUUGAUAUUAACUUCUUUUUCUGGUUCAGUCAUUGUAAAAAGAGUUACUAUUAUCUUACCAUCCUUGCGUUUUGCUACAAUUUGUAACAAUAAAUAAUAAAGAAACUACUUUCUGUCAGCUUGUACUAGUUACAUUCACGAGCGUCAAAAUGUAAACAAAUACAACCUGUAUGGCUGUAAGAAAAGAAUUCCCACCUUUGAAAAAAGUUUCCCUAUUUAUUUUUAAAUGUUCCGUUAAACAUGAUUGUCAGACAACGUCUGGCUGUAUGGGCUAUUAAACCAUGAAUAUUAAUUAUCGUCAUGAAAAAAAAAACUAGCAAAGCUCUUGGAAAUGAGACCACUACUGGAAAACUCAAUGUACAAUACUGUGUACGUGUGUACGUGCGCAGACGUGGUAGACAUGACUGCAUGGCGCCAUAUUCGCUAAUAAAAAAUUCUCAUUACCUACUUGCUAUUUUUUCGUGACCUUUUAACCUCUUUUACUACUUUUCGUAACUGAGGAUAUUUGUGGCAAACAUAAUUUGAAUUUAUGAAAUGUACUGGAAUAAAAUUCAAUAGCAAUAAUGUGAUUAAAAGCAAUAUACAAAUAAAAACUUCCUACUGUAGCCUCUAUGCCGGGAGUUAAUGGACAAGCCAACAUAAACAAACGUCUUAACCAAGAAAACGUCUUAACCUACCAGUGCAUUAAAGGCAGAAUGAAUCAUAAUGACCAUAUUUUCAAAAUACACAAGUAAAGUAUUCAUAUUUAGUAUGCGGUAUUUACUAGGAUUUUUUUUCCGUCACGUGCGUAACAUCAUCAUCUUUGCGGAACACGGGCGGUAUUAUUUUUAAUUCCUUCGUCACAGAUGUUGUUCAUAGUUGCCUCCAAUUACCAAGACGUAGUGGCAAAAAAGAAUUUUUAUUUUACGAGAAAUCAAAUACUCUAGACUAUAACGACGCAAAGCCGCAAUAAUCACGCGCGAAUAGUAAACAAACUACAUCUAAAGGGUCUGACGACAUGCACAUUCAUUCUCCAACUGCCAUUUGGAACGGAACUUGGAAGGCAACUAAUCGAUCCUAGCGCACGUAUAGCGCAUUCUGUGAUGUGAAAAUAGAACUGAGUGACGCCAUGCGUCGUGAGCGCUGUGCAGAAUACGAACGGAACUAAGCAAUGCUACGAAACUUCUACCGUUUUAGCUUACGAACCGGAAUUAAAUAAAUAUUAUUUUAGUAACGGAAGUGAUAUAUCCUUUAAAUAAGAAAAAACCAUAUAUUUAAGAGAAAAUAGUAGUAUUCCGACAGAAACUUCCGACGUUAAACAUAGGAAAUAGUGAACUGUAAGAAACGCUUAGACUUUACUAUCCCAUGGUUAAAAUGGUGAACAUUAAGAGAAUAGAUGAUUUAAACGUUUUAUAGUGAAAAACUUAGCAUGCGUCUUAAAUGUGUUUUGAUGUAUUAUGCAAGCGGUACGUUUCUUAUCCAAUAUGAAUGUUAAAUACAUUAUUUGGUAGAUACUUGAAGUUAGUUUUUAAUGCCCUAAUAAAAACCGAAUCAUCGGUUUUUUCUGGGAAUUGGGUUCGGCUUCGGUUUUUACUAAAAUGACCGAACCGAACCGAAAAUUCGGUCAACCGAUCAGCCCUAAUAGUAUGAUUCAGUUCAGAUAGCUGCCCCUAAUGAUCUCUGAAGAAAAGGUGCCCUUAUUAUGUACUUGUUAAGUAGGUAUUUCUUUUUGAAGCUACAAAAUACAAAGCAGUUGUAGCUGGUAGGCCCCAUUCCCUCCCCUCAAUUUUAACCACCUACGGAAUUCAUGAAAAUAAUUGGAUAUUGUGUCACAUAAAUGCCCAGUACUACAUACUCUGUGUUUUUCUAUCAGAGCUUUAAUUAAUGACAUGCAUUAGAAUAUGUCACAAAUUAAAUUAUACAUACUUUAAGUAAGGGACAUAUAUUCCACGGUAUCAAAGGAACUGUAGGUUGCCCUACUUCCAGGAAGGAAAAUGUUUCCUUAAUUAUAUUCUGAAUAUGUUAUUUAAGUACACUACUUCAGUAUCAUUACUCAUUUUUAAACAAAAACACUAUGUUUAUUUGACAACAUUCUUCACUCUGCUGUUAAAUAUCCAAAUCUAUAUUCUGUUGUCCUCCGCUUUUUACACAGACUCUGUGCUUGACUAUCUUUCUGUUUUUCACUUGUACCCGAAGCCAAUAGGCAGUCGGACUUCUUUCGCACCAACGAUAAAAGUAUAUAUAUUAUGAGUAGGCUAAUGUGUUGUUUUAUAUUUUAAAAAUCUUUUACAAUUUGGUCUUGCUGGUACGGUUUUGGGACUUCAUAUACAGCACCCAUAUAUGAUGAACAUAGUGGAAGAGAAUUUCUUUGACUCUAAAAUAUCACACAAAGGUCUCUUCUAAAAAUAAAUAUAGGGCAUAUAAUAAAGAUAUAGAAGUAAUGGGGGGAAAAAAUACAGGAAACACUAUUAUGGAGUGAGGUGGCCUACUGAUAAGGCACUGAACUUGAAUUCCAGAGAACCUGGGUUUUAAAUCCUUGUUUGAUGGUCCUGAUUUCAAUUUUACAUGGUUUUCUGAAAUUACUCCAGGCAAAUGCCAGAAUAGUUUUUUUAAAAUAUCCUUGUUGCUGGUACGGUUUUGGGACUUCAUAUACAGCACCCAUAUAUGAUGAACAUAGUGUCAUUAAUUUUUGCUCUCUCUUAUAUGACCUCACUGUCAAAAAUACGUGGAAGCCCAAAUAAAUAAAUACAGGAAGUCCCUUUCGGAAAUCAAGAAUGCCUUUACGCUUUGUAGCUAAUUAUACAACGUAAGUUCACGAAUGUAAAAAAGGUUACUUCAGAUUUUUUCUACAAGGGUCCAGUUGUAAGAGUUUAGUUUGCUUUGCUGCUAGUAGUAAUUGGUAAAGACAAUAUUUUAUGGUUUUAUUUUUAGUCCGAUUUCAUUUUCAAACAGAAGAUUUUGGUGUUGUUUUUAUUUUUAUAGAAGCUGUUUUUUCAUACUUUCCUCCACCAAAAUAAUGGUAAU